AUGCCGUUAACCCAGAUGCGCCGCAAAAUGAAACGUAAUGUAAUGGGCGCCUACCUUUUGCCUGCCAGCAUUGCUGCUUAUGUGGUUGAUGAGACUAUAGAGAGAGGUUGGCUGAUGCUACCCCACCCUUUGGCCAGGGUCAAGCGCGACUGCCCCCGGAUUUGGUGGUAUUCUAGGCGAAGUAGCCCACCAUGUUGGGGCAUAUGGAUCGAAUCAUACUGCGCGUCUCCUCGCACUAACCCCCCGAACUUGUUGGAUUGUGGACCAGCUGGCCACCAAAUCGUCCCCUCCUUCCCGAUCAACCCAUCCACAUCCAUCCUGAAGCUGCCUCAGGUAGCUAGUCAGCUGGACCCACGAGUUCUGCACUUGAUCGACUCAACUCUCCGGCGGAAUUGA